AUGAGCCCAUUCCAGAAUACUGCACGACAUACAGCUGAUCCCGAAGAGUUUUAUGCCAAACACGAACGCAUCGGCAAGGGAUCGUUUGGUGAAGUGUUUAAAGGCAUCGACAAGCGAACGCAAAGACCUGUUGCUAUCAAGAUUAUCGAUUUGGAGAGUGCCGAGGACGAGAUUGACGAUAUUCAACAAGAAAUAGCUAUUCUCUCGCAACUUGAUUCACUCUACGUGACAAAGUACCAUGGCUCUUAUCUCAAGGAUAGCUCAUUAUGGAUCGUCAUGGAGUAUUGCUCAGGUGGUUCAUGCAGCGAUCUCAUGAAAUCGGGUCCCAUGAAGGAGGAAUACAUUGCCAUCAUCCUACGUGAAUUGUUGCGUGGUCUCGAAUAUCUACACGGCGAAGGCAAAUUACACAGAGACAUCAAAGCUGCCAACAUCUUGCUUGGUUCCAAUGGUGAAGUGAAAUUGGCUGAUUUUGGUGUGUCUGGACAGCUCACGGCAAGUUUGACAAAGAAAAACACAUUCGUCGGCACACCGUUUUGGAUGGCCCCUGAAGUUAUCAAACAAUCAGGCUAUGAUUACAAGGCCGAUAUUUGGUCCCUUGGUAUCACCGCUAUUGAGCUCGCCAAAGGAGAACCGCCUUAUGCUGAUAUGCAUCCGAUGAAAGUUCUUUUCCUUAUACCCAAGAAUCAACCACCCCAAUUGACAGGAUCUUACAAACAAGCUUUUCGAGAUUUCGUCAAUGCGUGCUUGCAGACCGAUCCAAAGAUGCGACCGACUGCCAAAGAUCUUUUGAAGCACAAGUUCAUCAAAGGCGCCAAGAAGAUUUCUUAUCUCACAGAACUGAUUGAGAACCAUGAACGAUGGGCAUCCAAGCAUGAGACACGAGAAAGUGAUGCUUCAGAAGAUGAAUCAACCAUGGAACCUGCCGACGAUGAUGGAUGGGAUUUUGGUACGGUUCGGCAAUCUUUACCACCCGCACCCAAACCCACAAUGGGUCUUCCAAGCUCAGCAGCCUCAAGUCGUUAUUCGCUUAAUUCAUAUGCUGGUAGCACUACGCAGUCGAUCCUUGGCAAUGAACGUCGUCCACUUCCAGCAUCACCAUCAGGUCAACUAGGUGGUGCACGACCUAUGAGCAAAUCACCUGGUUUAUCUCGUACUAGUGAUUCUCGGAGCUCCAUGUCAAGCAAUACGUUGUACAGUGAAUCUGAUGAUGGAACAAGCCAAAACACUGUUCGUGCAAUUGAUCCCAAGUUCAUGUCUCGCAACGAUAUCCAUCACCAGCAGCAGCAGCACAAUUAUACCCACCACCAACAACUUCCCAGUAGCAGCCCUUCUACUCGAAGCAUGCAUUCGUUAAAGAGUGAAUCGAUUCUACGAGAUGCUGUUGCUCCAGCGCUUAUCAAGCUCCAGAAUGGCACCAGGAGUCAUAAAUCGCAAGCAGCAUUGGAAACACUACGACGAUCAUUUCAACAAGCCGAACGAGAAUGUCCAGGCACAACACAGUAUCUUUUUGAAGAAAUGUACCGUUGCAUGAAGAACAAUGGAUGA